AUGGAAGAAAACGUCUACAAGGAGGCCUGCAGGGUCUUCAGCUCCUGCGACGAUCUCGGGGAGGCCAGCAACGACUACGAGGAGGCCUGCACGGCCUGCUCUCCGCCGAAGAUGCCGGCUACGAAGAUAGGGAGGGCUCCUGGCCUGAACCCAGCACCUGGAACGUCAGACGUUUCCGGAGAGCCAGGUUCGUCCGGGUCUAAGUCUAACAACAAGCGCCAAGCCGCCGACCCCACACCUGCCUCUGCUGAGACCGCUGGGUACAUCCCAGGGGUCGGUCUGGGGAGCCCUGGUCAGUCCCGAGUCUGGACCAGCGCCAUGUUGAAAACCUACGCUGUGGUGACAAUGGCACUGAUCUGCUGUCUGCUGGGAGUUACCAUCUUUCUGGCUGUGACAGUGUCAGACCUGAAGCUUGCAUUCAACAGGCUCGACCAGAAAACAACUGAUGAUCUGUCGGAUCUGAAGCUGUCGGUCAGCAAGCUGGACACGAAGACAGCCGGAAUCCAGGCAAACCUCUCUGGAUGGAUUCAUCGCCAGCAGGCAGUGACAAAGGAAGUGCCGGGACGGCUGGAGGAAAAUGAGAAAGCUGUGAACAACGUCGCAAAACUGACCAAGUCAGAGCUGGAGAAAGAGAAGAUGCUGCAAAAUCUGGAGGACAACAUGAAGAAUGAACAAGACAAACCGGAGAAAGGGCGUGCUUCGAUCCGCCUCCCAGAGACCUGCCGAGACGGUUACCAGAACUAUCGCGAAGUCUGCUACAGGGCAUUCCACGUUUCUCGGUCAUUCUCCGUAUCGGCCGAGACCUGUCGGUUUGUCGGUGGCACCCUCGCCAUGCCCCGCGACGCCGGUAUCAACGACCUCCUCACCUCCCUGGUGGAUCCAGCAAGCAAGUACAGCUAUUGGUUUGGCUUACACCGACAGGAAGGCAAGGAGUGGGAGUGGAUAGACGGCACCGCUCUCGGAACCGGCUACAACCGGUGGGCACCCGGUGAAAGAAAGUCUUGCGCCUGGUACAGGCCCACGAGCAAGCAGUGGUAUACCGCAGAUUGUGAGCAUGAGAGGGGACUGUUCAUCUGCCAACUUCAGCUCCAGGCCAGUAACCAUGCGGCCAUGUUUGGGAAGCGGCUCCGGCUACAGUCGUGA